AUGUCACAAUCAUCAGAAGACCAUCAUUUUCUGUCCUUGCUAAAGCCAGUACUCCUAGAUAAACGUGAGGCUCUUAUCUUUAGGCCUUAUAUCGGAUCGUGUCCCGGUUUCCAAUGGGGAACAGUCACUUUUGGCGAGUUCGAUCACCAUCUAGCUGCCAGCGCGAAACAUUGGGGCGAGGCUCUCGAAAAUAGCGGGUUUAAGUCUCGCGAUAUCAUUGGUGUAUGGCUGACAGGAAGCAAAUAUGAAGAUCUCAUCAAUAUUCUCGGUAUCUGUGCUGCUGGUUAUGUGCCACAACUAUUCAGUGUAGCAUUUACUCCUCAUAUUAUUCGAGAUCUCGUUUCUCGUAGUGGCGCCAAAGGUCUUGUUUACGAUUCGGCAUUUACUUCUCAAGUCAACUCUUCCUCUUCUUCUGUACCGUUGUUUCCUUCUGUGCCUGUUGGAGUACUCGAGAAUAACUCUCAUUUCGGGAGAACUCUUGGGACAUUACCCUCAGUAGUUGAGAAGGAUACGGCAUUCGUUGUUCAUUCUUCCGGUACAACAUCUGGUACACCCAAAAUCAUUCCCGCCAAUCACCUUUGGGUUAAAACCUUUAUUCAAUCUAAAUGGGCGUCAUCUCUAGAACAAGGCACUUUCGAAGGUCAGACCGUGGUUAACAGCAUAGGUAGUCUCGCGCAUGUGGGUUCACUCUGUGGUAAGCACGUCAACAAUGGUAACUUGGUUCAGCAAAUGAAAUUAGCCUCAGCUUUUCUCGGCGCCGCGUACUGUGGUUCCUGCACUGUCCAAUCCUCGGCACUGGACGCAUCGACCUCUGAGCUUCUCGGUAUGAUCAGCACUUGUGGCUUGAAUCGCGUUGCCCUAUAUGCCACAUUCUUGUCCACACAUAUUAGAGCCGCACGAACGAACCCUGAAGUUUUGCACGCUUUAAAAUGUAUGCGUCAAAUCCUUCAUACUGGAGUAGCACUGAAUCGAGAAGACGAGGAAUGGGCGCUGCACCAUGCACUGCCUCUUACUACGAUGUAUGGAACAUCAGAGACUUCUCCUCUUCUCACAUCUCUCCUGGGUAACGACCCGUCGGACCGCUUGCUGCGCCCCGUGCAUGGAGCUUCCGGUCAGCUAAUCCCGGCGAUUCCGUCCAGCGAAGAUGGCUCACGACCCGCGAUGUUCGAGAUGGUCGUUCCAUCUGAUGCACCGGAUAGCCCGCACAGUUCGUUCUUCAGUGCUGACGGCUUCUAUCACACUGGUGACCUUUUCGAAGAAGUCGAGAAGGGAUCCUUCGUCUUCCGCGGGCGAUCGAACGACUGGAUCAAAACUGUCCGAGGCUUCUGCGAUACUAAGUCAAUGGAAGACAUCGUUCGCAAAGCAUGCGGCGAUCUGAUAAAGGAUGUUGUCGUCGUCGGCCUAAAUCGCCCUCGUCCUGUACUGAUGGUCGAGAUUUCGGAUAAGACCUUGAGCGGAAUGGAAAGGCACGAGAUAGCGGAAGAAAUAAUUGCUCGAUUGGCGCCUCACAACGAGCGCCUCUUCACGCAUGAACGUAUUGACGAUCCAAAGCGAAUUCUCGUUCUGGAAGAGGGAAAUCUACCUAGAACCAAGGAGAAAGGCAACAUCAGACGUAAUGCGACAGAGGAGAAGUACGCAAAAGAUGUUGAUGCUAUAUUCGCAUGA